AUGUAUGCGCAUGACAAGAUAUCCGAUAUGAUAGCUGAACAGUGCAUCAAUGAAAUGUACCCUAAAAGCCGGAAGAUGGAGUAUCAGGAAUCUGACGAGCCUUGCAUCAUUUAUUGCGUGCUGAAGAAGUUCGGUAUUAUGAACGUGAAUGGGCAGAUCAAUUUGGACAUUUAUAGGAAGCGGGUUCAGUUGGCUCAUCAGUUAGACAAUAGGACAGUAAUGAGUGACAACGGCAGCUCUUGCGUGGAGAGCGCUGAGGCGACCCAACAUAAGCAGGACGUGUGCAAGAAGGCAAAAGUUUUUAAUGACUGCACACAUCUCUACCGGAUUUUGUUCAAAUAG